GUAAGUGAAGUUGAAAUUUUAGGGAGAUCAAUUGGAAUCAAAUCAUUAUAUAAGAAGCUAGCAUAUAUAUUUCACAAGGAUAAUGAAUAACAUGGGUCUCGAAUCCGGAGUAGGCAGACUCAAGAACCUAAUGAUGUCCAGGUUUGGUUACCAUCGACUACCCAAAUCGGAAUCACAACAACCUUUACUCUUUCAAGAUUCAUAUUACGAGAACGGCAAGUACGAGUAUCAAUCCAUCAAAGAUGAAGGCAAUGCAUCCUCAAAAAAGGCCAUAUCAUCCUUGGAGAAAAAGGUUGGGUUUUUGGAUGAUCAAAUUUAUGGAAUAAACUACGGCUUGCAUAAGCUUGAAACCGAUUUCCAUUCAACAUCCGUGCAACAAGUCGCAAGUCUUUCAUCUUCAGCAAUGGAAGGCGUAUAUGAAUAUGAUGAUCACCUUGAUGUGAAGAAUGAUUUGCAGGCAUGUUAAUGUUUCUCAUUUGUGUAUUUAUUGGUUAUUUACUGCGUAUUUAAAUCCGAUAUGUACCUACACCGCCAUAUUUUCCUACACAUAUAUUAAGAUAUAUGUGGUGGAUUAUGUUUAUGUUAAAAGGAAUAAAGGAUUGCCAUGUUAAAAGAUCAUCCUCGUGGCUCUUUAGCUUUAAUGAAAAUUAAUCGGUAUAAUGUUACUCAUGGUUUAAAGUUGUGGAUUAUCCUUAUAUUAUGUUAGAAGGCUAAAUUGUGACUAUAUUGUCUGAGAUCAAAUAAAAGUGUAAUGAUCUAGCUUUUUUUUUUUAUAUUUGAAACAA